ACCGCGCUGCCGGACGCUGGAUCCCCGACCCUCGCCCACCUCCCCCCGCGGCCCCGGGGCUCAAGGUGUGGAUCCCUCCCUGGUGCCGGCCGGGGCUGUCACCCCCCACCAUGGGGGUUAAGGCGACGCUCCCCAGCUACGAGCUGGGCUUCUAUGCCCUCGUGGUGACCUGUGCCGUGCUCUACAGCGGCAGCGGCAUCUUCGAGGCAUCCAGAGACAGCAUGAACAGAAAGGCGUUUCGGGAUGGCAUAAAGCCAGGCUGGCACUACUUUGGCAGGAAAAUGGAUGUGGCUGAUUUUGAGUGGGUGAUGUGGUUCACCUCGUUCAGGAACAUCAUCAUCUUCGCCCUCUCGGGACACGUCCUCUUUGGCAAGAUCUGCUCCAUGACCGUGCCACAGCACCGCGCUGUGAUGUACAUGAUCUACGGGCUCCUGGCCGUGCUGGCCAGCAUGGGGCUGCUCUACCUGAUGAUCAUCCUGUCCCACUGCCUGCUCCUCUACUCGGUGGCCCUGGCCAAGCAGAAGUGGCUCUGCUACGUGGCCGGGCUCUGCUGCCUCGCCUCCUUCAAGGUGGAGCCCUUUGGCUCGUGGCAGAGUGGGUUUGUGACAGGAGCUUUUGAUCUCCAAGAUGUGCUUUUCUACGGAGGCUGCACCUUCACCAUCAUGCGCUGCAUGAGUUUCGCCCUCGAGAGCUCCCAGAAGGAGGAGGGCAUCUACUCCAUCUUCGACCUCCUCAAGUACAACUUCUACCUCCCCUUCUUCUUCUUCGGGCCUGUCAUGACCUUCGACCAGUUCCACGCCCAGGUGAGCACCCGCGAGCUGAGGCGCAAGGACGACGAGAUGAAGAGCAUCCGUGUCAAUGCCCUGCUCCACGUGGGGGCCAUCGUGGCUGUGGACAUCUUCUUCCACUUCUUCUACAUCCUCACCCUCCCUUCUGACCUCAAGUUCGUGAACCGCCUCUCGGACUGGUCCUUGGCUGGCCUGGCCUACUCCAAUCUGGUGUAUGACUGGGUGAAGGCUGCUGUCAUGUUUGGGGUCAUCAACACCAUUGCCAGACUGGACCACCUGGACCCACCCCAGCCCCCAAAAUGCAUCACCAUGCUCUACAUCUUUGCUGAAACGCAUUUUGACAGAGGGAUUAAUGACUGGCUGUGCAAGUACGUGUAUGACCACAUUGGAGAGAACCAUGACAACAUCCUGAAGGAGCUGGUGGCCAGCACCACCACCUUUGCCAUCACCACGCUCUGGCUGGGGCCCUGCCAGGUUGUUUAUAUCUGGUCCCUCGUCAACUGCUUCGGCCUCAACUUCGAGCUCUGGGUGCAGAAGUUCUUCCAGCUGGGGCCCUUUGCCAAGCUGGAGGCCAAGCUGUCAGGGGCCAUGUCUCGGCGGAUCAGGGCAGCUUUUGGGGCUGUGAACUUCUGGGCCAUCGUCCUCUACAACAUCCUGGCCCUCAACAGCCUGGAGUUUGCCCUGCUGGUGACCAAGAGACUGCUCGUGAUGGGUUUCCCUGAGAGCACCUUGUCCAUCUGGUUCAUCACCUACUGCGGCGUGCAGCUGAUCAAGGAGCGCGAGCGCAUCCUGGCCAUCCAGGAGGAGGAGAAGGGGGACAAGGCCAAGCUGGAGUAGGGGAGCCUUGUCCUGAAGCUUCACCUCCCUUCCAGCCACUGCUGCCAGGCCAGGCCCUGUUCAGGGCUCUCCAAGCCCUCCUGACAAUCGGACUGCUGUAGCUCAUCCACGUAGACGUCACCCGGAAGGCACAGGUCACCCCCUUGCUGCAGGGAAGAUUUUCCAUCAGGCACAGCGGGUGUUUCACAAUCUCCCCAGGCGUGGCAGGAUGCUGAGGCAGCUCCCAGGAUGUUUCUUCCAUGCCAGAGCCAUCCCUGUUGUUUUCCUGACCCUCUGAAGUGUGCAGGCUCAGAGAUUUCACCCCCUGCUUCCCUUGGUGCACCAGCACUGGGCUCCCCUCAGCCCUUGUCUCCCGGAGGAGACUCUCCAGGCCCCAUGGCUGGAGGUUUUAGGGCCCUGCACUGCUGGAUCUGUGACCACCCUGCUGUGACACGUGUCCUGGGACUCAAGCCAAACCCCACCUCAGUUUUUUUACAUGCUAUGGACAAAGGUCUAAGCUCACAUUCCUGCCCGUGGCUGAGGGACAGAAGGUGCUGCAUCCACCCCUUGCUCACCUCCAUCCCUUUCCUCAGCUGCCUUUGGUGUGCACAGCCCAGUGAGCACACAGCUGAGCACAAUCCAAGGAGAAAAACCCCAGGUGAAGGUCAGGGAGUGGGGCUGGGUGGUGGAGGGAAAGCCCAUGGGAGCCUCCUUGGAGAAUCAGACUUUGGGAGCGUGUGAAACACAGUGCCUUGGGGAAAAGGUGGGUUUGUGACACAGAAAUAGCUCUCUUGCACUUUAGAGUAACUCUCAGUGGCCUUAUGUCUGAGUUCUGUCUGUCUGGGGGCAGGACCCACACCCCUCUGCAGUGGGGCUGAGACCUUGGUGCAUCCCUAUGGGGGAAGCAGGAUGGGUUCUAGCCAGCUUUCAGCUCUGCCAAAGCAUUUUGUGAAUUUGUCCCUGGUAAAUGUCUCUUAUUUAUGUAGCAAAUAAAUGUUGGAUAACUCUGGCACCUGCUGCUUAUCCCUGUCAAUGCUGCUGGCUGCAGGUGACACCCCUGGAAAUACCUGAGCCGAGAGGAUCUGUUUGCAGGUCUUUACCUGCCCCCCAGAAAAGUGACACAAGACAUUUGUGACUUCAGCAGAAACCCUUUUGUCAUCACCAGACUGGAGGUUGGGCUGCAGGUGGAUUCAUAUUCACCUUUAUUUUGACUCUGCUUUUGUACGUAUCUUGAUCCUGGGGCCAGCAAAUUUCACCUAUGUGGGUUUCGGGUUAGAAGCCAGGUUGGUUUUACUUUUAGGAGCCUCCCAACAAUGCUGGGAGUAAGGGGCAGGCAUUGUGCCUUGGUGGCAUCUUGUCACAUCCCUUCUUGACACAUCUGUCACUGCUGGACUUUUCAUGGAUGUUCCUUGGCAUCUCUGUUAUUUCAGAUUUACUUUUUCCAUCAAACCAGCUCUGCCACCCUGUGCUUCCUGCAGGGUUGGAUUUAUCUCCUGCCCUCUUUAGGGGUGUCCUUGCACAGGUGGCACCUCCCUGAGCUGCUGUCACCAAGGGCUCUGUCCCUGAGGUGUCUCAGUCAGGCUCUGUGGCUGCCUGGGAGGACAGAGUCACCUCCAGUGUCCAAGUGGGUGACUCACAUGGCAAAGCUCAGUGACUCUGCACUGCCCUCCUGACUGGGACACUUCAGCACAGAAAAUAGCCCAUUCACUAAGAGCCUAUAUUUACCCAGCAGCUGCAUCUGCUGAAGCUGCCAGAAGGAGCUA